AUGGGAAUAUAAGGACUACUAUAGUUGCUGAAACCGGCUCUUAGAGAAACUAAGCUUUCAAAAUAUAGAAGCAAGACUGCUGCCAUUGAUAUCAUGACUUGGCUGUAUAAAGGUGCUUAUUCAUGUGCCUAUGAACUGGGAUUGGAACAGCAAACUUUCGGAUUCAUAAGUUAUCCCAUAAAAAUGCUAAAGCUGGUCCAGUCUUAUGGAAUCAAGCCAAUAUGUGUGUUUGACGAACAGUCACGUAAAGACAAUAAAAAAACUAACAAGGAUCUGGCCUUGCAAUAUGCUAGAGAAGGUAAAAUUGAAGAAGCCAAAAAAUACUUUAUGAGGUGUUUACAGCUAAGGUCAAAGAUGAUUGACCUUCUUAUGGAUAUUCUCAAGGUUCUUGACAUUGAAUAUAUUAAGGCGCCUUAUGAGGCAGAUGCUUAGAUUGCAUAUCUAGUGAGGGAAGGAAUAGCAGAUAUUGCAAUUAGUGAAGAUUCUGAUUUGAUAGCAUUUGGAUGCCCUAGGUUGGUGACUAAAUUGGAUUUCAGGGGAUGUGAUUACCUGCCAUCUAUAUCCAGAGUUGGUCUUAAAGUUGCUGUUAAAUUUUUCAUUAAGCAUUCUACUAUUGAAGAGGUUAUAGAGGGAAUGAAAGCAAAUGCUACUUAUGCAAAUAAUGUCCCGUUCAACUAUCUAGAAGCACUGAAGAAAGUGCAAACUCUAUUCUUUUACUAAACUGUUUACAAUCCAAGGAGCAAAUAGUUUACCCAGUUGGAAUAAUUGCCAGAAGGCUUUAUCUCAGAGGAUAUAGAUUUCUUAGGGGCCCAUUUGCCUGAUGAAAAGAUUUAAAAUUAUGUCUCAGGCAAUCUCAAAAAGGAUCUUAACGAGCUAAGAGAUACUUAUAGGCAUAUCUUGGAUCUAAAAUUUUUAUUGGAAGACUAUAAAAUGAACUGUUUAAGUGAUAGAUCUUUUAUUUGCCUUGAUCCUUCAUUCUUUAAUAACAACACAGAACCUAGCAAAAGAUAUGAAAAAAAUCAACAAAAACCAGUAGCCUAAGAAAUGCCUAAUUAAAAUAAAAUUCUUAAUAUAACUGAGGAGUUCAAGAAGUAAGAAUAGCUAUUGAAAAAGCCUUUGGAUAUUACUGAAAUCUUGGUGAAUGAAAACUUAGGCUAAAAUACUAGAAAAAAUAACAGCAAUAAUGAUAUUGAUAUCGCUUUAAUUGAGUCUUUAAAUGAAUCCGGGCUUGAUAUUCAGACAUUUGUAAACAAUACAGAGCCUGCUAUAAACCUGAAACCAAACGUAAAAGUAAAAAAUGAUAUCUCUUUUCUAGAAGACCUAUGCCAAAAUAUUAAGAAAAAAACAAUUGAUAUUAUUGAAAAAGAGAAGUGCUUAAAUGAUCAUUAAAGUGAAAAGGUGAGUCUACCUAUAUAAUAAAACAUUUUGAGACUCGAAAAUGUUUGCCCUUAAAGAGCUUAAAAAAAUUAAGAAAACUCUGAAUAACCAUCAGUGGGCUUGAGAAGUUAUGAACAAGUAGAUGAUAGUAAACUUAUCAAUUUAAAAGCACCAAAUAAAAACCCUUUUCUUAAAAGUAAUACAUAGCCAUCACCUUAAAAAUUAGCCUAGCAAGAAAAAGAAUUAGACUCAUUUAAGAAGUUCGAUCAAGUUAGGGAAUACUUGGAAUAUGAGGAGAAAAAAUAGAAAUUUCUCUCGCAAUAAAUGCUCAAUGAAAAAGGUGAAGGAGCAGUUCCUAUGGAAUUAAUGUUUAUGAUGUAAUUCUAAUAGCAUGAAAUAAUAAAUGAACAGGAUACUUUGCAAACCACAAAAACUCGAAAAACAAAGAAAAGAAAAGCAGAAGAAAUAAGUAAUGAAAUUAAGACGAUAGCCAAAAUAGAUACCUUUUUUAAUAAAAAAGUGAAGGUUAACGAGCAAUAGUGA